AUGGGUUCUCCAGACUUGCUCCAGCUGGUCACCUCGAUCCAUUGUCCUGUACACAUCAAGGACUACGCUGGGAAGAAGGUUGCCAUCGAUGGAAACGCAUGGUUACUUGAAUGUCUUUCAGCAUGGGCCAUCGAUUGGGCAACAGACGACGAUUGCAAUGGAUACGUCGACAUGUUCCUUGAAAAGGUUGCUAUGCUUUGCUCACACGACGUGACACCCAUCAUUGUGUUCCAAGGGAGCGUGUUGCCAUGCAAUGAAAAAGCAGAGCAAGAACGAAGGCGGCAAUGUGAGCAAGACAAAGCACAAGGCUUGAAAUACUUGGACCAACAAAAACGUGAAGAAGCCGUGAAACAUCUGCAAAAGGCAGUGCAUGUAACAUGGGAAAUGAUUCAACGAGUAAUCAAGCGUCUGGACAAGAAAAGGAUCAAGCACAUCGUGGCACCUUACGAGGUCGAUGCACAACUUGCCCAUCUCGCACAACGCUCAUUCAUCGAUGCCGUCAUCAUUGAUGCUCACUCCUCGGAUCUUGUUUCUUUCGGUUGCGACAUGACUCUUUUAUUUGAUAUCGAUAGCGACAAUCACCAUGCAACAUCACUGAAUCCUGCACGUCUCGGCAAAGCUAAAGAACUCAAUCUCAAGGGAUGGUCAUCAAAUGAUAUUCGUCAUUUGUGCCUCCUGUCCGGGGUGCAGUAUGCUUUGCCACCACCUGCCGAUAUCGAUCUUAAAGCCGCGUAUACCCUGUUGACCAAACACAACCUUGAUAUGGAUGCAGUGUUUAAGCAUUUGGAUGAUACAAAGUACGAAAACGCUUUCAAGAAACUCGAAUCGGAGCGUUUCACUCAGCAAGUGCGCGACCCCAAAUCGAAACGUAUCCAAGCAUUCAGUGACAAGAUAUCCAACACCAACAACACAGCAACGACAACAACAAAGUCUACUCAAACGCGGGCCGGUUUGGGGAACAAGACCAACACAUCAUCCUCAACACGAUCCAGACCAUCUUCAACCAUUGCAAAGAGUGAUAAGAAGGAUAGCAAAGACACAUCAGCGGCCAACAAGAAGAGCAUUGACCAUCUUUUUUCAGCCGACAACAAGGAGAAUCUUCCUCCAUGGCUACAACGCCUCAACGACACGCAAGAAGGACCACUCGAUCGACCACAACCUCCUCAACCUGUCGUUACCAAGCAUGCGUUAUCCACCAUCCCCACCAUUAACAACAACAACAACAAAAAGUUAUCGUCAACACCACCACCACCACCAAAAUCACAAAAGCAAUCCACCACACCUCCACCAUCCGCCAACAUGACAACAACAACCACUGCACCUUCAUCUCCUGUAUCCAUUUGUCCUACACCAAAAGCAUCUCGCAGCCUGGAAAUCAAAAAACGCAAGAGCGUGGAUGAUGAGAAUCAUGUACCUACUCCAAAGAAACGUGGUUUCUCAUCUUUGAAAAUGCCUUCUUCAACAACAACAUCAUCUGCUCGACGAUUGGGUCUUUCAGAUAAUACCAAUCAGCGUGUACAUCGCUCGCCACCGGUAUGA